ACAUAAAAUAUGUUUGUACUUUAUCGCAGUUAUCAUUCGUUCAUUUCAUUCGCAGUUUGAUAUCAGAAUUUGUUCUAGCGUGUUAGGAAACCGUGUGUGAAUAAAAAAAAACAACAAAGAAGUUACUGUUAAGUUGUUAAUAUAACAAGAUGUCGAGGAACUGGCAAAGAGAGCGUCACAUGGAGAAGGUCGAGCUCUGGGUCUGCAAAAUCUGCGACAAGGACUACACGACCAAGUCCAGCCUGAACCGCCACUUCUCGACGGUCCAUGAGCCGCCUAAACAGAAGCAGAUCCAAUACUCUCCUAGAGCUAUGGUUCCCUAUAGAGCUCCGUCUCCAGACUACGUUUGCCACAUCUGCGGCAACGAUUUUGCCUCGCAAGGCAAUUUGACUCGUCACCUUAACACUAUUCAUGGCAGGGGCAACACCAGCGUCUCCAACUCUACCAAAAUGGUGCAUAAUAACAAUCAGACGAAUAUCUACAUUAAUAUGUAUAAACCCAGAUUUUACAAUUAAAUACAAUAAUUUUGGCGUUCACGCUGUACAAUUUCUUAGCAAUUUAUUAUUAAGGAACUUUAAUUAUAUUAGGUAAAUAUACCAUUUUAAUAUUUUCACCGUACCAGCCCGGGAUACUCUUUAUCUAUAAGACAUUGAUACGUAAAUAUUGAAAUUAAUUUUUGUAUUAGGUAUAUGUAUUUGUAACGCUUGCGUUGUUGGUAAAGGUGAACAUACUUGUAAUACACUAGGCCGAAACAAUUUUUGAAUAUUUGAAUUUUUUGUCGUGGUUUGAAACUGUGCAACUUUUUAAGAAAAGGUAAAAAACAAUUUUGUUCCCUUGUGUAGCAAAUAAAUAAACUACAUUAUUGCAAAA